UUGCUCUUGAUGCUAUUGUUGAUGUUAAAUGCUUACCAACUGGAUUUAAUACAACACAUCCGCCUUCACUAAAUAAUUGUGACUUAUGCAAUAAAUCACUUAUUGCAAAUAAUCAUAUGUAUGAUGGUGAAGUAUUAAUUUGUGAUCAUGGUUAUCAUUGGGGUUGCUUUGCAUAUUUAGAAUAUAAGUGUAGUUAG